GUAAACGCGCCGGCUCGCUGCCGCCUUCACGGUUUAUCUUGAGAAAGAAAAAAAAUAGGAAAAUAAAGCUUGUAUGCAUGUUGCUGGAAAAUUUAAAUAAUGUGAUGCAAUCCUCUGGACGUAUGCGAGUCAAACAGCCGUGAUCUUUUGUUUUGUUGUGGAGGAAGACGUCUCGGUGUUUCAUAGCCUUGUUCCAUUUUUAAAGAGAAUCCCUGACUGACAGCAGAGGAAAGCGAGCAUCCUGGAUCCCCUCCCCAUGAAGCUGACUGCCUCCCCUGAAGCAGCUUUCACAUCUGGAUCAAGGACUCCAGUGCACUUUGUUGGGCUCCUGUAGCCCAUCCAUGCCUGUGAUCCCCAUCCCACGGCGGGUGCGCAGUUUCCAUGGCCCCCACACCACCUGCAUGCACUCGGCCUGUGGGUCGGCACACACUUCAAAGCUAGUGCGGACUAAGUACAAUAACUUUGACCUGUACCUGCGCUCACGCUGCAUGUACAGCUUCCUCCGCUUCCUCCUCUACUUUGGCUGCAGCCUGCUGACCUCUCUGCUCUGGGUGUCGCUUUCUGCGCUCUUCUUCCUGCAGUACAUCAGCGUGCGUGUGCUCCUGCGCCUGCAAUACAAGCUGUCUGUCAUCCUGCUUUUGCUGGGGCACCGGCGACUGGACUUGGGUGUGCUUAAUGACCUGAUUAUAUACAGCAUGCAGAUCACCAUGUUUCUGGUGGGGGGACUCGGCUGGUGCUUAAUGGUGUUCGUGGAUAUGUAGCUCUGUCAUGAGAAACAUGAUAAAUGUGGCAUGUGAUGGGAAUGUUUUGCAGAAAUACUCUGACUCGGCUCUAGUUAGAAAGGCGCAAAAUCUCAUUUGGUUUAUUGUAGAUAAGGUUAAAAUCCAAUAAGAAGCAUCAGAAGCAUUGAUGCGAUCUUUAAACCAGUCUGCGUGGCUUAAACAUAGUUGUUCUUUUAAAAAAAUGUCAGUCUUGCAUACUUCAGAGAAGUUAGAAAUGUCAAAAAUGAGAGUGAGACUUGUGACUUUAUAUGAAGUUAUUCUUGUAUUUUGUGCCAUUUGUAAACGGUCUUAAUGGACUUUAAAGGACAUCUCAUCUAGGAAUGUGUUUGUUUACAGUUUGUUGCAUGGAGGAGUGACUUAACAGAUGACUGAUGUGCAUCGUGACUGUGGAUGCAGGUCAGUGAUCUGUGCCAUAAAAAAGUCAUGCUGGAGCACAAAGAGGAUGUCAUGAUACUGUGUAUGAAUCAGUGCAUUUAACUGAUGUUGUGUAUAAAUAAAAAUACAAUGUAAAAUAGAAAGCACAGUUUAAAAAAAAAAAAGAAGUUAAAUGACUCCACCUGAUAAAUAGAAAAAAAAAAAACUUCCCUGGAUUCAAAUUUGGCCACUGUCUGUUGAUUUGGUGCUUGAACCCUUUGCACACUCCUGUGAUUUUUAGAAUGCUCCCUGGAAGUCUUGUUCCUGCCUGAAUCUGGGAUGUGCACUGGAUCUUCUUCACUGUGUCAAAACUCUGAGUUAGAGUUUAAGGAAGUGUUCAAAGUAAUAAAAAUCCAAAUCUGGUGAGGAGGGCAGAUGGAAAGCCACAACUGUGUUGGUAUGACCAAAAAAAACCCCAGCUUUGAGGUCGCUUGUGCUGAAUGUCCUCCCUUAGACAGUCUGACUCCUGGGGGAGGGGAGAGGAGGCGAACUGAUGGUGCACAACCUCGUGAGUGACAGGAAAUAAGCAACACCUGUGCUCCUAGUUGCAACCAGCCUUCAGGCUUGGUCUCAUAGCUAGAUGACAGAUGAUGACACAGGUAUUGACGUUCCCUGUCUGCGCGAGUCUAAAGCCCGUGGAGGGGGCGAGUGUUUAAAACGUAGGACUUCCAGAGAGCAAUCUGAAAAUAGCAGGAGUCCUGUAAGUGAUGGAAAGGUGAACAAGGAGAUGGCAGUGGCCAAAUUAAAAUCAGGUAAGGUGUUUUGGGAGUUUUUUGCCUUGAAUGUGCUGCAUCAGAAAGUUUUUGUUGUGUUUUUUAUAUGUUUUGGGCAAAAUAGGGCAAAGGGUCACAAACAUUUUUUUUUUAAAGCUGUUUAAUAAAUUCUUUUUUGUCCAUGAGCUGGUUUGUGCUUUACAAUGCAUGGCCAAAUGAAUGUGUUUACUGUGUAGUCUAACACUCAUGACGGCAUGCCUCGAGCUGUGUCAUAAGAGUGUGUCACAGUUCAAACUGAGAACGGCUUUGGGUCAAGUGUUCCAUCAGUCGUUCUUCACAUGGUCUCGGAGCUGCUCUGACAGACUUCUCUGUUUAGCUUCCUCCAGCACGCAAACACCAACCACAACUAGAUCCUGCUGUUUGUGCCAAGCAUAACAAUGGAGAUGGCUGUGCCCCAAUCACCUUAUAUAGCCUCAUUUUCACAUGCCAUGAAGUAUGCCUUACUGGAACUAAUGAAGGCACUGAAAUGAGCGCUUUAAUUCUAAACCUGGGUUUGCUUUGAAGAUUUUAACUAUUUUUUUGUUCUUGUCAUGCACAAGCAUCAGGUUGGAUAGCCAUGAUUAGGAAAGCGUGCAAAAGGCUGGAAGUACAGAGCACCAACUUUAGAUUUGAACUUUCAGCACAGUGGCUGGUGGGCUGACUGAGACAUGCUUCAGACCCACAAGGCCUAUAAAUGGCUAAUCAGAGCAACAAUAAGCUUUUGUUCAUUGGAUCAACACAUCAUAUGCCUCAUGUUCUGAGCCAGGUCAAUCUGACAGCCCGAAUUACACAGAGAACUAGAGAAUAUGAAUUUUCCCGUGAUGCCAACAUAGCUCUUUAGGUGGGCUUGAUGAUUAAGUCAUUCACUGUUCAGUUUCAUUUCUUCAUUCUGUAUGAAAAGCUGAUUUUUUUUUUUUUUUUUUUUGCUUAGACUGAAUGACUUGUCA